AUGGCCACAGAACGUGCACCGAGCUUGCCGCCGGAAAUGUUUAGUUUCGUGCUGCGGCAUGGAGACUACUCAAAAGCAGGACUGAGACUUGGUCAACUGACAGUUCAAGGCCGAUCUGCCAUUUCUACACCGUCACUGGUCAUUCCUACAUCUCGAGGAGUAAUCCCUCAUAUCACACAAGACACUGUCUCAAAAUUGACGCGUCUGUCAGCAGUCUACGUCGCGCUUGAAGACUUUAUUGAAAGAAGCCCUUCCAAGUCUCCCAUUUUCCGUCAGAAUCCUAGUCCUCCCAACUCGAAACUCCGUGACUUUAUCGCUCUACCCGAUCAGUGUUUGUCCAUCCUUGGUCCACGGCGAAUACCUGCCAUUGAGACUCCAAAUCAGAACUCGAACUCCUCGAUCGCAAUAUGCACUUCUGUAGGCUUUCAGCUCCUGAAUGUUGAUGAUUACGUGCAAAGCGCACAAGAUCUGGGGCCUGACAUCACGAUUGGCCCUGCCGAUAUUGUGACCACUAAGCAAGUCAGUCAGAAGCGCAUGGAGAAGAGUGCAGAUCGUACACAUGCAUGGACACGAGAUACAUUGGCAGUAGAGCCAGAGAAUAAAGAGUCAGCGUUGUUUGCGUCGCUACCGCCUCUGGAGCCGCAGCAACAGUCGUUCUAUUUGUCCGACUUAACUGAGGAGUACAAAGGCCAAGUCGCUGGACUUAGCACGUAUUCAGCUGAAACUGCCGCAAGUCUGCAAAAUACAUUGGAAGAUCUACCAAGAUUAUGUCUGAACAACCCAAUCAAUCCUCAUGAAUUGCUACGUGUGAUUGCGCUCGGAAAUGAUCUGGUUACUACUCCUUUCGUGACAGAAACCUCUGAGAAUGGGAUUGCGAUGGACUUCCGAUUUGCCGUAUCAUACGAAGCUCGGGAUCAGAAGUUGGGCAUCGAUCUCUGGGAUAAUGCUCAUGCAACAGAUGUGUCACCAUUGGUCAAGGGCUGCGGGUGCUACACUUGCACUAAGCAUCACCGAGCUUACCUACAUCAUUUACUCAGUGCGAAAGAGAUGCUCGCCUGGACGCUACUACAAAUUCACAAUUUCUCGAUCAUGGAGGACUUCUUCGAAGCAAUACGAGAGAGUGUACGAAAAGGGACAUUUGAGGAGCAAUCAAAAGCCUUUGCUCGCGCCUAUGACCCGGAGAUGCCACGACCUACUGGGGAGGGACCUAGAAUUAGAGGGUACCAGAUGAAGAGUGUUGGUGGAGGUGAACCCAAGAAGAACAGAAAAGUCUAUGGUCGUUUAGAUGAGCAAGCUAGGAAGCUAGAGGAAGCCGAAUCUGGUAUCGCGACACCAGAAGAGGACGUGAAUGCAAAGGAUAUUGAGAAGUUGGGAUUGGGAGAGGUUCAGAAUUGA